AGAAAGAAGGAUUUGGGUUGUUGGGACUACUUUCAGAAAACGUCAGAAUUUUCCCAGAAAAUUCACUGCAAAGUAAAAAGAGAGAGAAUAAUUGACGGCAUCAAAUUCGAAAUCUGUGGGAGGACACACAGAUAAAUUCACCUGUAACUAUAACAUAGAUAGCACAUAGUAUAGUGAGUUUGUCGUCAUUGUUUGUUUGAAUUCAAGUAAGAAGCAGCAUUGCGGAAUCCACAUUGCAAAAGUGUGAAGAGAAGUGAGUGAGUGAGAUGUCGAUAAUACCGAAGGAACCAGAGCAGGUGAUGAAGAUGAGAGGAGGAAGUGUGUUAGGGAAGAAAACCAUUCUUAAGAGCGACCAUUUUCCUGGUUGCCAGAACAAGCGUUUGUCUCCUCAGAUCGAAGGCGCUCCCAAUUAUCGACAGGCUUCCGAUUCGUUACAUGUUCACGGUGUUGCCAUUCCGACAAUCGAUGGAAUUCGAAAUGUUCUCAACCACAUUGGUGCUCAAUUUCAUGUUCUUUGGAUUAGUCUUCGUGAGGAACCGCUUGCUUACAUUAAUGGUCGCCCCUUUGUUUUGCGUGAUGUGGAGAGACCCUUCUCCAACCUUGAGUAUACGGGGAUUAAUAGGGAACGGGUUGAACAAAUGGAAGCUCGUUUGAAAGAAGACAUUAUGAUGGAAGCUGCAAGAUAUGGAAACAAGAUCCUUGUGACUGAUGAACUGCCAGAUGGUCAAAUGGUGGACCAAUGGGAACCGGUGUCGUGUAAUUCUGUGAAGACGCCUCUAGAGGUGUACGAAGAAUUGCAGGUGGAGGGAUAUCUUGUUGAUUAUGAACGUGUUCCUAUAACUGAUGAAAAAUCACCGAAGGAAUUGGAUUUUGAUAUUUUGGUUCAUAAAAUUUCUCAAGCUAAUGUAAAUACAGAGAUAAUUUUUAAUUGUCAAAUGGGGCGUGGACGAACUACAACUGGAAUGGUCAUUGCAACUUUGUUUUACCUCAAUCGAAUAGGAGCCUCUGAAGAGUCAAUUCGCAGGGGAGAAUAUGCAGUCAUAAGAAGCUUGAUUCGAGUGUUAGAGGGUGGUGUUGAGGGGAAAAGACAAGUGGACAAAGUCAUUGACAAGUGUGCUUCAAUGCAGAAUCUACGUGAAGCAAUCGCUACAUAUCGCAAUAGCAUUCUGCGACAACCAGAUGAGAUGAAAAGGGAGGCAUCACUAUCCUUUUUUGUGGAGUACCUGGAAAGAUACUACUUUUUAAUAUGUUUUGCUGUGUACAUUCAUUCAGAAAGGGCUGCACUUCAUUCUAAUACAGCUGGUGACUGUAGCUUUGCUGAAUGGAUGAGAGCAAGGCCUGAACUCUACAGUAUUAUUCGCAGGUUACUCAGGAGAGAUCCAAUGGGUGCACUUGGAUAUUCAAGUCUGAAACCAUCUCUAAAGAAGAUAGCUGAAUCUACUGAUGGUCGCCCUUUUGAUAUGGGUGUGGUUGCUGCCAUGAGAAAUGGCGAGGUUCUUGGUAGUCAAACUGUUCUAAAAAGUGAUCACUGUCCUGGAUGUCAAAAUCCAACUUUACCCGAGAGAGUAGAUGGUGCUCCUAAUUUUCGAGAAGUUCCUGGAUUUCCAGUUUAUGGGGUAGCAAAUCCAACCAUUGAUGGUAUCCGAUCUGUCAUUCGUAGGAUUGGUAGCUCUAACGGUGGGCGCCCUAUACUUUGGCAUAAUAUGAGAGAAGAGCCUGUUAUUUACAUCAAUGGGAAGCCAUUUGUUCUUCGUGAAGUUGAAAGACCAUACAAAAACAUGUUGGAGUACACGGGUAUUGACCGUGAACGAGUGGAGAAAAUGGAAGCUCGAUUAAAAGAAGAUAUCCUACGUGAAGCUAAACACUACGGCAGUGCCAUAAUGGUAAUUCAUGAAACAGAUGAUAAGCAGAUAUUUGAUGCUUGGGAGCAUGUUACAUCUGAUGUGAUUCAAACCCCACUUGAAGUUUUCAGAAGCUUGGAAGCUGAGGGUUUCCCCAUUAAGUAUGCGCGUGUGCCCAUCACUGAUGGAAAAGCUCCUAAAAGUUCUGACUUCGACACUUUGGCAACUAAUAUUGCUUCUGCAGCAAAGGACGCUGCAUUUGUUUUCAAUUGUCAGAUGGGUAGGGGCAGGACAAGCACUGGUACUGUCAUAGCUUGCCUUGUGAAACUUCGAAUUGAUUAUGGUAGGCCCAUUAAGACACUGAAUGAUGUUGUGACCCAUGAGGAAUCAGAUUGUGGUUCUUCAAGUGGAGACGAAGCAGGGGGUGAUGUCACAGCAUUAACCUCCAAUACUUCUCAAGUAGAGGCAGAUGAGAAACAAAAUCAUGUUUUUCGUAUAAACGACAUCCUCUUGUUAUGGAAGAUAACAACAUUAUUUGAUAAUGGUGUUGAAUGCCGAGAGGUCUUAGAUGAUAUUAUUAAUAGAUGUUCAGCACUUCAAAACAUUCGUCAAGCUGUCUUAAAAUAUAGAAAAGUAUUCAAUCAGCAACAUGUUGAGCCUAGGGUAAGGAGGGUGGCAUUAAAUCGUGGUGCUGAGUACUUGGAGCGGUACUUUCGUCUAAUUGCUUUUGCAGCGUAUCUUGGAAGUGAAGCAUUUGAUGGGUUUUGUGGACAAGGAGAAUCUAAAAUGACAUUCAAGGUUUGGUUGCAUCAGAGGUCAGAGGUGCAGGCUAUGAAAUGGAGCAUCAGAUUAAGACCAGGGCGAUUUUUCACUGUCCCUGAAAAGUUGCGAGAACCACAAGAGUCUCAGCAUGGAGAUGCAGUGAUGGAGGCCAUUGUCAAGGCCCGGAACGGUUCUGUUUUGGGGAAAGGCUCCAUACUGAAAAUGUAUUUCUUUCCUGGUCAGAGAACUUCCAGUCACAUACAAAUUCAUGGUGCACCUCAUGUUUACAAGGUUGAUGAAUACCCGGUGUAUUGCAUGGCAACUCCAACCAUUUCUGGUGCCAAGGAGAUGCUAGAUUAUUUGGACGCUCAGCCUAAACCUGCUUUCACUACUCAAAAAGUAAUAUUGACUGAUUUGAGAGAAGAAGCAGUUGUUUAUAUAAAUAAUACUCCCUUUGUCCUCAGGGAAUUAAACAAACCAGUUAAUACACUCAAAUACGUGGGAAUCACUGGACCUGUGGUGGAACACAUGGAAGCUCGGCUGAAAGAAGAUAUAUUAUCUGAGAUUAGACAUUCUGGGGGGCGAAUGCUAUUACACCGUGAAGAAUAUAACCCUUCAACAAAUCAGUCUGAUGUGGUUGGAUACUGGGAAAACAUUCGGGCAGAUGAUGUGAAGACACCAGCAGAAGUUUAUUCUUCCCUGAAAGAUGAUGGAUAUGAUAUUGUCUAUCGGAGGAUUCCUUUAACAAGAGAAAGAAAUGCUUUGGCUUCUGAUGUUGAUGCAAUACAGCGAUGUCAAGACAAUUCUGCAGGGAGUUACCUUUUUGUGUCACACACAGGUUUUGGUGGAGUUGCAUAUGCAAUGGCCAUCAUCUGCAUCAGACUCAGUGCAGGAUCCAAAGUCCAACAGCCAUCAUAUGAUCCUCAUAUACAUGCUGUGACUGAAGAGAACGUGCCCUCUCAUGCUUCUAAUGAAACAGCACUUAGGAUGGGUGACUACCGUGACAUUUUGAACCUCACAAGAGUCCUCAUACACGGUCCGCAAAGCAAAGCAGAUGUUGACAUUGUCAUUGAAAGAUGUGGUGGAGCGGGGCAUAUUCAAGAUGAUAUUCUUUAUUACAAUAGAGAACUCGAGAAAAAUACCAAUGAUGGUGAUGAAGAACGUGCAUACCUUACGGACAUGGGCAUAAAGGCUUUGAGGCGAUAUUUUUUCCUUAUCACAUUCAGAUCUUAUCUCUAUUGCACCUCUCCAGCCAAUAUGGAAUUUGCUGCGUGGAUGGAUGCAAGACCAGAGCUGGAUCAUCUAUGUAACAAUCUAAGAAUUGAUAAAUAAUAUAGCUAUGCUAAUGAUCAUGUUAAUAUUCUUAGGGCAUUUGCUGUUUCUCAGUUACAGUUUGCUCCACCUGUAGCCUCUCCUCCCCUUGUCGUGUAAUACCUUAUUUUUGCUACAUAGCCCCCAAAUUUAGUAAACUGAGCAAGCGUGCUACUUUGCAAAUUGCUAUUCAGGGAGAGCAGCAUCCUGUAAUCAGUUUCUAUCUAGCUUUGUAUAUCAUGAGCAGCUGGCUCUGACACAAGGCACUAAUGUUGGUGGACAGAACUCAGAAGUGUUCAUUGGGGACCUGUUGGGCAUUAAGUUACACUGCUGAGGGAUAUUAUGUAUCUCUUCCAUAAAUUGUAUUUUUGUUUCAGUGUUUAUUUGGGAGGUGUGCAACGGAUGAAUGGAGUGCUUCAGUAGGAUGGGAAGAGAUGUCAUUCCAGUGAAAGGGAGGUAGAAAGGUUCCCUUUUUUCUGUAAACCCAAGUUUCGUUAAUGUUCACAAGAACCUCGGUUUAUUUCUCUCAAACUCAAUUUAUAAUUUUCCCCCUUAAUUGAAGAAGUUAAUUCUCUCUUGGCUUAAUAUAGUUUAGUAGAAUAACCACACCGAUAAAGUCCAAUAGCUGGUUAAUAGUCUCGCACCAAUUAUAUUUUCUCGUCUGUCCCUUGUUCUUCCCGAGAACUUUC